UGUCGCUGUAAUUUUGUUUCCCGUAAAAACUUUGCUCAAAAUGUCACGUUAAAACAACUAUGUUACAGUCAUGUUUAAGAAAAACAAAUCACGAAACCAACCAAGUGGGAGCAAAGAAUCUGUUGAUAAUUUAAGUGGAUCUAGCAAUGAAAAUCUGACUACUGUCAAAGACUCAAAAGAAUCUGUAGAUAAAAUUUUACAUCAACGUGUGCAUUUCCAGGUGUACUAUCUUGGCAUGGUUCAGGACAUCAACAUGGGUAAUUCCGCAAAGAGAGACACAGAAGCUCAGCUUAUUGACAGAGUAGAAGAAGCUCAGAUUGAAGGGAAACUUCCAUUUGCUGCUGGAGAAGAUGACAGGGUGAUGAUAAAUGUUUCCCGACAUGGAAUCAAAGUCCUUGACACUGGUGGGCAGGAAGUGUAUCAAAGACAUCCUCUCCACACGAUUGCCCAGCUCAUACACUACAAUGAUGGGUUCUCAAAACAGAAUAUUGUUGUUAAAAUUGGCCAGGUUGGGAAAACUGUGUACCAGUGUUACAUCUUUCAGUGUCAUUCAGAGGAUCAAGCCCAAAACAUCUGCCAGUGUGUUCGUCGGAUAUUUGAUGCCAUAACAGCAAAGACUUGAAAAUAAUGAACAUACUGGUUAUGCUGUGACUUGUAAAGCUCUAUAAGCAACUGCUAUGCAAAUAACUUGUGGUUUAGGGUGCAUUUUCUGAAGUUUACACCAAUAUCUGCAGGACAGGUUAAUAAUGAAACAGGAAAAUACCACUACUUGGGCUUUCAGUUAGAUUGCAGAUGUUAUGAUUUGGAGUUGGUUCAGUUCAUAUAUGGGAAUUACAGGCCUUUCCCCAGGAUUUUUUUAAGGCGCUUACAUAUUUAGCAUCAUUAUAACACAAAAAUCAAGCCAAAAGAAGUGGGGUAGUGGGUUGAAAACAGUUAAGUGUUUGCCUUCAAUCCAUCAAA